ACAGUCCUAUCGGUCUGAUACAACACAACAUGCAAGUGCGUUCAACUUGUGCGUGGGCAGAAUCACAGCAGUUGACUUAGAAAAGCUGUCCACAGCAAGUAAAGAUCGCGCACAGCAAGCCAGCACUAACCCAACGAGAGGGUAUAAGACUCCAAAGUGAAAAGUUUGUUCAUGACUGCAUAUGGACAGGACAAUCUAAGAUAGAGAGAGAACAAUAGAGAAAUUAGUCACUUUGAAGAAGAGUCAACAACAUGACAGCUGCGACAGAGCAACUGGACGAGCUCUGCUAUCUCACAGCUCAGUCACUGACCACACUGAAGACGUCAGAGCACUUUAAGCUUAUCAAGCUGCUGGGACAGGGGUCAUAUGGAAAAGUCAUGCUGGCUGUGCACAAGAAAAUAGGGACACCCAUGGCACUGAAGUUCUUCCCUCGCCCGGACACGUCCCUCCAGGCGUUCCUGCGCGAAUACAACCUUUCGCUGUCCUUCUGCACUCAUCCCUCUCUCAACCGAGCCCUCGGGAUCUUCUACUCCACUCCCUCCUACUACGUCUUUGCGCAACAGGCCGGUCUCCAUGGUGACCUGUAUGAUGUCAUUGUGUCAAAGGAUGGUAUAAGUGAGGAGUGCUCUCAGAGAGUGAUAUCUCAGUUGAGUGGGGCUGUGUCCCACCUCCACUCUCUUGGCUUUGUGCACCGUGACAUUAAGCCUGAGAACAUCUUCCUCUGUGAUGCUGCGUGCCGCUGGGUCAAGCUGGGGGACUUUGGCCUGGUGAGGGCUCAGGGCACGGAGGUCCGUGCCGUCUGGUAUGAGUCACCCUUCUGCGUGCCUGAGGUAGCCGUGGCCAAAAGGAAGAAACUUCAAAGCAGGACAAAGAAGGAAGUGGAUGGGGAGGAGGAGGAGGAGGAGGAGGAAGAGGAGGAUAUUUGGAUGUCCGUAGAGCCCAGUUUGGAUAGCUGGGCCUUGGGAAUUCUGGUGUUUUGCCUGCUGACCAGCUGCUUCCCCUGGGAGGAGAGCACCUCAGAUGACCCGUCCUUCCGCGCGUACAAGAAGUGGUUCGACCACAUGGCCGACAGCGAGGAGGACGCCAACUGCUAUGACCAAAUCGCUCCGUACUUUUCCAUCUUCAGCCCGCUAGCUCUGUCCCUCUUCAGGCAGCUGCUGAACCCAGAGCCCUCGCUCAGGUCCGGGGCCGACGAGAUCCCGGGCUACCUGGGGGGCUCCUGGCUCCUAGAGACUGAGCAGGAGGAGAGGAGGAAGGCAGAAGAGGCCGAGAGGGAGGCCAGGAAAGUGUCUGACGGAGGAGUCACACGGGAGAAAGAGAAGGAGGGAAGAGGAGAAAGAUAAAUGGUUUACCCCUUAUAGUGUUAUUCAUUGGCCCUUGCACUGUAUAUGAAGAGUUCAGAUGCAAAACCCUCUAAAUCCGUCUGACUACUUUUCUUUUAAAUGAGCAUUUAAAUUCA